AUGAACAGAGACUUUGAGGACCGCAAGCGUCUGUGGAAGAUCACACGCUUGAACGCAAUGCAUCUCACGUCUCUCACGCUCGGAAGUGGCUUUUUGUCGCUGGUGUCGGCUCUACCAUCGAACACACCGGUAGACCUACCGAGGAGGCAGUAUGAGACCACCCCACCAUCAUACGAUCCUGUGUCGCCUGAUCAGAGAGCACAAGCCGUGAUCGACACCUUCAGAAUAAGCUGGGAGGGAUACCGCCAGUAUGCAUUCCCGAUGGAUGAGCUGAGGCCUGUGAGCAACAACGGAAGUAAUUCGAGGAACGGAUGGGGUGCCUCUGCCGUAGACGCGCUCAGCACGGCACUCAUCAUGGGCCAGAAAGACAUCGUGAAUGAAAUCAUAGAAUAUAUCCCCAGCAUCAACUUCGCGUAUACCGAAGACCCUGUCUCUCUAUUCGAGACCACGAUCCGAUACCUUGGCGGCAUGCUGUCCGGCUAUGACUUACUCUCUGGUCCUUUGGCGCACCUCGCAGAUGAUCCAGCGAAUGUGGAAGCCCUUUUAACGCAAUCCGUCAAUCUGGCCAACAACCUCUCCUAUGCAUUCGAGACACCUACAGGAAUACCCUGGAACAUCCUUACCUUCAACAACCGAAGCAACGUCGAUCAAGAGAACGGACUCGCAACUGUUGGCACACUGAUCCUCGAAUGGGUGCGCCUGGCCGAUCUCACCGGGAACCAAACAUAUGCGGAUCUGGCCGAAAAGGCAGAACAAUACCUACUCUUCCCAUCUCCCGACUUCGCCGAGCCGUUCCCUGGACUCCUGGGCAUGGGAAUCAACGUAACGACAGGGCAAUUCAACGACGCAGUCGGAGGAUGGGUCGGCGGCGCCGACUCCUUCUACGAGUAUCUGAUCAAGAUGUACAUCUACGACCCACGCUACAGCUUCCUCAAAGAACGCUGGAUCAAAGCCGUAGACAGUUCGAUUGCGAAUCUAGCCUCGCACCCAGCCCCCCGACCAGACAUAACCUUCCUCGCAGCCUUUGAAAACACCACGCUCGACCUAGAAUCCCAGCAUCUCGCCUGUUUCGACGGCGGAAACUUCAUCCUAGGCGGCCAAGUCCUCGACCGACAAGACUACAUCGAUUUCGGUCUCGAACUGGUCAACGGUUGCCACGAGACGUACAUUCAAACCGCAACACGCAUCGGACCUGAAGUCUUCUCCUGGAACACCUCCGCCGUACCAGCGAACCAAACAUCCUUCUUCAACCAAACUGGUUUCUGGAUCGAAAACGCAGGUUACCAACUCCGUCCUGAGGUCAUCGAAUCUUACUACUACGCCUACCGCGCGACUUCGGAUUCAAAGUACCAGGACUGGGCGUGGGAUGCUUUUGUUGCGAUUAAUGCGACGACGAGGGUCGGCAGUGGGUAUAGUUCUAUCGAGGACGUGAAUGUGGUUGGUGGGGGCAAUUUUACAGACUUCCAGGAGAGCUUCUGGUUCGCCGAGGUGUUGAAGUACAGCUAUGCGAUUCAGGCGGGCGAGGCGGAGUGGCAGGUUGGCAAAGAUGGAGUCAAUGAAUGGGUCUAUAAUACUGAGGCGCAUCCGGUCAAGGUCUAUGGGGGUGGGAAUGCGACGAGAGGGCUGUAA